AUGACGUCCUCACACCACGAUCCGACGCUGGAAUACUACGAAAAGCUCGGUCAAACCCGCUUCGUCUCUCCCAAAACCCCAGACGUGCACUCGAUAUACAAACCGUCAACAGGCCCAAUCUUCUCCUCGCCGUACGGCCCCUUCCCAGAGCCCAUCCCGGCAGACCUCAGCAUCCACGACUUCUGCUUCCCGCGCGACAACCCGCUCCCACCGCACGACUACGACGCCCUCAUCUCCUCGGCGACGGAUGAGCGUGUCUCGCUGUUCCAGCUCUACGGACGCAUCAAGGCCUUUGCACGUGCCAUCGCCCCGGACGGGCCGAAUCCCCUUCAUCUCGGCGCGCCCGCGACAGGCGACGGUCCGGGCCAGGACGGCGAGAUUCUCGGCAUAUGCAGCCGGAAUCACCUUGAUUGGCCGAUGCUGGCGCAUGCGUGUUUCCGGGCGGGAGUGCCGUUUGGGGGGGUGAGUCCGGCGAGUACGGUGGCGGAGAUGCGGCAUGUGCUGGGCCGGAUGCGGUGUACGGGCCUGAUUGUGCAUGAGGAGUUGCUGGGGAAGGUGAGGCGGGCGGUGGAGCUGGCGAGGCGGGAGGCAGGGGGGUUUUGGCUUGAUGAGGGGAAGAUUGUGGUGUUGAGUGAGGAUCGGGGGCGGAUGGAGGUGGGUGGGUGGCCGACGGUGGAGGCGUUGGUGAGGGUUGGCUUGGGGGUGGAUGAGGGUGUUGCGAGGGGGUUUGAGGGGCGGAGGGUGGUGGGUGGGGAGAGACUGGCGUUUUUGUUUCAGAGUAGUGGGACGAGUGGAUUGCCCAAGGCGAUGAUGAUUACGCAUCGGAAUGCGAUUGCGAUUGCGCAGCAGUCGAUUAUAGAUGGUCGGGCUAUUGGGGAGUUUAUAGGGGGCGAUCCUAUACACCAUAAGAUUCUAGGCAUCGUUCCGUGCUACCACUCCUACGGCGCAAUUGUCUACAUCGCCCGGAUCAACCUGUUCCGCUACGCCAAUGUCAUGCUCUUGCCCCGCUGGAACACAAAGCACGCCCUGGAGACCAUUGAAAGAUAUCGCAUCACUUCUCUACCCAUGGUCCCCCAGGUCGUCCGUCAACUCGCCCAGUACCCAGACCUGCACAAACACGACCUCUCCUCCGUCAUUGCCGUCGGCAGCGGCGCAGCGUAUCUACCCCCAGACGUCGCCAAAGCACUCGGCGACAAGCUUCCGCAGAAACAACCCGUCGGCUCCGGCUAUGGCAUGUCCGAAGCCGCAUCCAUCUCACGACCAGUCACAUGUGGCAUCUUCGGCCUGCCGAGCUCGGCAGACAAGUUGAACACGGUCGGCUACCUGCUGCCGGGCAUGUCGGGACGAAUCGUGGAUCCGACGACGAUGAAAGACGUCCCGACGAGGAACACGCCGGGCGAGAUGUGGGUGCGGGGCGAGAAUGUGACGCCUGGAUACUUCCACGACGCGCAGGCGACGGCAGAACUCUUCGCCGAGCCGGGAUGGCUGCGGACGGGUGAUCUGUGUAGUCGCGACGAGGCCGAUCAGAUCACGUAUGUGGAUCGGUUCAAGGAGUUGAUCAAGGUGAAGGGGUUCCAGGUCGCGCCGAGUGAGGUUGAGGAUUGUUUGCUCGAUCAUCCCGAUGGUUUGGUCCGAGAUGCUUGUGUUGUCGGCGUGAUUGGAGAGGAUGGGAUCACGGUGUUGCCCCGAGCUUGGGUCGUUCUUGGAGCCAAGGCGCGCGGCAGGACUGCGGAUGAGGUUUUUGAGACGUUGACGAAGUGGGUGCAGGAAAGGCUGAGCCGGUACAAGUGGCUGGACGGCGGCAUCGAGCAGGUUGAGUCCAUUCCGCGCACUGAGUCUGGGAAGAUGUUGAGAAGAGAGAUGCGUGACCGUUACGAGAAGGGCCAGGGCAGGAAAUCAAAACUUUGA